UACGUGAGCGGAAAGGUUAGUUCCAUGAUGGCUGAAGAUCCCGGAGGAGCUUCUUUCAAUUUCUCUCUCAUUUUUCUCUGUUUUUCGUUACCUCUGCUGGAAACAUGGCAGGGCAAGCAGACACGGUAGACAGUCACAGACUCGCGUCGUCGCCAUGCCCAAGAAAGGGAACAGAAAACGGCUGAAGUUUCGAGCCGACGAUGUUUGCUCGGAGUCAGUAACGGUGGCUGACUAUGCCAACGCCGAUCCUGCCAUCGUCAAGUCGGGAAGACUGAAAAAAGCUGUUGCCAAUGCGUUUGAAAAAAAGGUAAAGCUGCUGUGUGGGCUGGAGGCUUCACACGGUCCUGUACAGGAAGUUCUGUCGUCAGCAGCCGAUGUGGUUAAAGAUGUGAAUGACAGCAGUGAAGAGCUGGACUCUGAGGAAGGCGACGGAGAAAGCAGAGGGUCACGUAAGAAGAAGAACAGCAAGAGACGCAAAGAAAACGGUGACGGUGCAGACGGGGAAGAGUAUCCCAUUGACAUAUGGCAUCUUCUUGCUGCGUACAUCCGGCCUGAAGAUGUCUGCAGGUUUGCACUGAUCUGUAAGAAUGCCUGGACAGUCACAUGCACUGCAGCGUUUUGGACAAGACUGUAUAAGAGACACUACAGUCUUGAUGCAGACCUCCCUUCUCGCCUUCAGCCUGACUCUCUUUUAAAGAUGCAUUGUCUCCGUGCCCGUGUAAUCCGCUCCCUCUUUCAUCUCUAUGAGCCGUUCAGCCUUCGGGUGUCCAAGAGUCCACCACUUCCCGAAUCGACUCCAAGCACACUACUCAAUUCUAAGUGUUUGCUGUUUUGGGUCAACAAAGUCUCCGGAACUAGAGCCGAGCCCAUGUGGGAAUUCAACUUCAAGUUUGAAAAGCAGCCAACCAAGGUGAAAAAUGGCUGUGCUCACAGUCUAGUGCUGCCCAGGCAGUAUAAGGACGUCAACACGAACCCAGACUCGGACUGCUACCUGCUGCGUGUCACCACCCUCAACUUCAUCUUCACUUCUGUCGUCAUGGGCAUGACGUUGUCCCUGUUUACCAUUAACGUGAGCACAGACAUGCGGCACCACCGGGUGCGCUUGGAGUUCCAGGAUUCGCCCAUACUCCGGGGAAAAAAGCUGCGAGGGGAGCAAGGCGUCCAGGUGGUGCUGGACCCUGUCCACAGCGUGCGUCUCAUGGACUGGUGGCACCCUCAAUUCCCCAUGCCGUCUUGCGCUUAAAACUUCACAUGAUCCGGAGAAUGAAGAUUAAAGCGUGCUUCUUUCAUUAGUGAUCAUUCUGGACUUUUCUUUUCUGACAUUUUACUGUGCUUGUUUUAUGCAUGAGUGCAGCUGGGUUCAUGGCGUUUCUACGUGCACAGGUCUUGUGGGUUUUAGGCGUGAAGUUGCUCUUUUCUUAGGCAUACAACAAGGUUCUUCACACCAAGUCAUUACUAGUCAAAGACUGGUUUCAGAUUUAUGUACUUUCUGAGGGUGACUCCAACCAACUUUUAUGGGGUAGUAAAAUAACACACGAGGAAACAGCAUGUUGUCUUGCAUGCACAUCUCAUUUCUUGCUUGUGUAAGCCCACACUGUUGUAAAGAAUGCAAAAAAAAAAAAAUAAUAAGAUACACACAAACACCUAGACAUUCCUGAAACACUGCAUCCAUGCAGAAAAUA